ACCCCGGAGCGUGGGCGGCCGGCGGCGCCCCCUUGCUCUCCACGCUCCGGGCCGGCGUAGCGGGGGUUGAGCCGGGAGUGGGCCGGGGAGGGGAGCUGCCCGCGCACUCCGUCCCCCUCCCCCCAAGGCGGGCGGGCCGGCGGCCGGGGGGAGGGCGGGCGGCGGCGGCCCGCUGUAUAUAUCUCCGCGCACCCCGCCAGGUCGCGCACAGCGCCCCGAGCCCAGGCACUUCCCCGCCCCCUCCUCGCGCUCCGCGGCGGCGGCGGCAGCAGUAGCGGCAAUAUGGCUGUUGAUGGGUGUUCGGGGUGGCGCUGGCGGCGGGAGGAGCUCCCCCGAGCCCCUGCGCCGGCUGCCCGUUGCUAGCUAUGGCAAAUGGUGGCGGCGGCGGCGGCGGCAGCAGCAGCGGCGGCGGCGGCGGCGGCGGCGGAGGCAGCAGUCUUAGAAUGAGUAGCAAUAUCCACGCGAACCAUCUCAGCCUAGACGCGUCCUCCUCCUCCUCUUCCUCCUCUUCUUCUUCCUCCUCCUCCUCUUCCUCCUCGUCCUCGGUCCACGAGCCCAAGAUGGAUGCGCUCAUCAUCCCGGUGACCAUGGAGGUGCCGUGCGACAGCCGGGGCCAACGCAUGUGGUGGGCUUUCCUGGCCUCCUCCAUGGUGACUUUCUUCGGGGGCCUCUUCAUCAUCCUGCUCUGGCGGACGCUCAAGUACCUGUGGACCGUUUGCUGCCACUGCGGGGGCAAGACGAAGGAGGCCCAGAAGAUUAACAAUGGCGCAAGCCAGGCGGAUGGCACUCUCAAGCCAGUGGACGAAAAGGAGGAGGUGGUGGCAGCCGAGGUCGGCUGGAUGACCUCCGUGAAAGACUGGGCAGGGGUGAUGAUAUCUGCCCAGACACUGACCGGCAGAGUCCUGGUUGUCUUAGUCUUUGCUCUCAGCAUUGGUGCACUUGUAAUAUACUUCAUAGAUUCGUCAAACCCAAUAGAAUCCUGCCAGAAUUUCUACAAAGAUUUCACAUUACAGAUCGACAUGGCUUUCAACGUGUUCUUCCUUCUCUACUUUGGCUUGCGGUUCAUUGCAGCCAACGAUAAGCUGUGGUUCUGGCUGGAAGUGAACUCUGUAGUAGAUUUCUUCACGGUCCCUCCUGUAUUUGUGUCUGUGUACUUAAACAGAAGUUGGCUUGGUUUGAGGUUUUUAAGAGCUCUCAGACUGAUCCAGUUUUCAGAAAUUUUGCAGUUUCUGAAUAUCCUGAAAACAAGUAAUUCCAUCAAGCUGGUGAAUCUGCUCUCCAUAUUUAUCAGCACAUGGCUGACAGCAGCCGGGUUCAUCCAUUUGGUGGAGAAUUCAGGGGACCCAUGGGAAAAUUUCCAAAACAACCAGGCUCUCACCUACUGGGAAUGUGUCUACUUGCUCAUGGUGACCAUGUCCACUGUGGGUUAUGGAGAUGUUUAUGCAAAAACCACACUCGGGCGCCUCUUCAUGGUCUUCUUCAUCCUCGGGGGACUGGCCAUGUUUGCCAGCUACGUCCCUGAAAUCAUAGAGUUAAUAGGAAACCGCAAGAAAUACGGGGGCUCCUAUAGUGCGGUUAGUGGAAGAAAGCACAUUGUGGUCUGUGGACACAUCACUCUGGAGAGCGUUUCCAACUUCCUAAAGGACUUUCUUCACAAGGACCGGGACGACGUCAACGUGGAGAUCGUCUUUCUUCACAACAUUUCCCCUAACCUGGAGCUUGAAGCUCUGUUCAAACGACAUUUUACUCAGGUGGAAUUUUAUCAGGGUUCAGUCCUUAAUCCACAUGAUCUUGCAAGAGUCAAGAUAGAGUCAGCAGAUGCCUGCCUAAUCCUUGCCAAUAAGUACUGCGCAGACCCUGAUGCUGAAGAUGCCUCCAACAUCAUGAGAGUCAUCUCCAUAAAGAACUACCAUCCCAAGAUAAGAAUCAUCACUCAGAUGCUGCAGUAUCACAACAAGGCCCAUCUGCUAAACAUCCCAAGCUGGAACUGGAAAGAGGGAGAUGAUGCAAUCUGCCUCGCCGAGCUGAAGCUGGGGUUCAUCGCCCAGAGCUGCCUGGCUCAAGGCCUCUCCACCAUGCUCGCCAACCUCUUCUCCAUGAGGUCAUUCAUAAAGAUUGAGGAAGACACGUGGCAGAAAUACUACUUGGAAGGAGUCUCAAAUGAAAUGUACACAGAAUAUCUCUCCAGUGCCUUCGUGGGUCUGUCCUUCCCUACUGUUUGUGAGCUGUGCUUUGUGAAGCUCAAGCUUCUCAUGAUAGCCAUUGAAUACAAGUCCGCCAACCGAGAGAGUCGUAUAUUAAUUAAUCCUGGAAACCAUCUUAAGAUCCAAGAAGGUACUUUAGGAUUUUUCAUCGCAAGUGAUGCCAAAGAAGUUAAAAGGGCAUUUUUUUACUGCAAGGCCUGUCAUGAUGACAUCACAGAUCCCAAAAGAAUAAAAAAAUGUGGCUGCAAACGGCUUGAAGAUGAGCAGCCAUCAACACUGUCACCCAAAAAAAAGCAGCGGAACGGAGGCAUGCGGAAUUCGCCCAGCUCCUCGCCCAAGCUGAUGAGGCAUGACCCCUUGUUAAUCCCUGGCAAUGAUCAGAUUGACAACAUGGACUCCAACGUGAAGAAGUACGACUCUACGGGGAUGUUUCACUGGUGUGCACCCAAGGAGAUAGAGAAAGUCAUCCUGACGCGUAGCGAAGCCGCCAUGACCGUCCUGAGUGGCCAUGUGGUGGUCUGUAUCUUUGGCGACGUCAGCUCAGCCCUGAUUGGCCUCCGGAACCUGGUGAUGCCCCUGCGUGCCAGCAACUUUCAUUACCACGAGCUCAAGCACAUCGUGUUUGUGGGUUCCAUCGAGUACCUCAAGAGGGAAUGGGAGACGCUUCAUAACUUCCCCAAAGUGUCCAUAUUGCCGGGUACGCCAUUAAGUCGGGCUGAUUUAAGGGCCGUCAACAUCAACCUCUGUGACAUGUGCGUUAUCCUGUCAGCCAAUCAGAAUAAUAUUGAUGAUACUUCGCUGCAGGACAAGGAAUGCAUCUUGGCGUCACUCAACAUCAAAUCUAUGCAGUUUGAUGACAGCAUCGGGGUCUUGCAGGCUAAUUCCCAAGGAUUCACACCUCCAGGAAUGGACAGAUCCUCUCCAGAUAACAGCCCGGUGCACGGGAUGUUACGCCAGCCAUCCAUCACGACUGGAGUCAACAUCCCCAUCAUUACUGAACUAGUGAAUGAUACUAAUGUCCAGUUUUUGGACCAAGAUGAUGACGAUGACCCGGACACAGAACUGUACCUCACGCAGCCCUUUGCAUGUGGGACAGCGUUUGCCGUCAGCGUCCUGGAUUCACUCAUGAGCGCGACAUACUUCAAUGACAACAUCCUUACCCUGAUACGGACCUUGGUGACCGGAGGAGCCACACCGGAGCUGGAGGCUUUGAUUGCCGAGGAGAACGCGCUGCGCGGGGGCUACAGCACCCCCCAGACGCUGGCCAAUCGGGACCGCUGCCGCGUGGCCCAGUUAGCACUGCUGGAUGGGCCCUUUGCGGACCUGGGGGAUGGUGGUUGUUAUGGUGAUCUGUUCUGCAAAGCUCUGAAAACAUAUAAUAUGCUUUGUUUUGGAAUUUACCGGCUGAGAGAUGCUCACCUCAGCACCCCCAGCCAGUGCACAAAGAGGUAUGUCAUCACCAACCCCCCGUACGAGUUUGAGCUCGUGCCGACGGACCUGAUCUUCUGCUUAAUGCAGUUUGACCACAACGCCGGCCAGUCCCGGGCCAGCCUCUCCCAUUCCUCCCACUCGUCCCAGUCCUCCAGCAAGAAGAGCUCCUCUGUUCACUCUAUCCCAUCCACAGCCAACCGGCAGAACCGGCCCAAGUCCCGGGAGUCCCGCGACAAACAGAAAAAAGAAAUGGUUUACAGAUGAACCGGAUAAUGCCUAUCCCAGAAACAUUCAAAUCAAGCCCAUGAGUACCCACAUGGCUAACCAGAUCAACCAAUAUAAAUCCACAAGCAGCUUGAUUCCACCAAUCAGAGAAGUUGAAGAUGAAUGUUGACUCCCAGGAGACCAGGACUAUUUUUUUAAAGCCUGACAAACUUCAUAAAUGGUGACGUGACUUUUCUUCCUCUUACAUGCUGAAUCACUGGUGGAAACGUUAGGCGAAGCAAGAAUUGCAAGAAAAAUAAAGUAGACAGAUCUUUCUUUUUGUCUGCCUUGAAUAUUGCUUCCAUGUAUUUUGGAAAAGAAAAUGAUUUCAUUUAUAAAUGAACAUACUAAAAUAGUCAUGUAUAGCCUCUAGCAUUUUAAAUUAUUUUUAUUUAUUAGAAAGAAAAUAUAUUUUUUCUUUUUUUUUCAUUGUCAAAUAUCUUCCCUAUAUCUAACAAUGCAAAAUCAAAAUGAGUAAGUGGCCAGACUCCUUAAUGCAUAUUUAUCUUCUUUCUCUCUUUUUCUUUGAGGAGAAUGAUGGUCACCACCACAGUUAAUCGUAAUCAAGGGAAAUGGAUUAUUUAAACAAUUUUAAAAUGGUCCAAUAAUGUAAACAUGUAUUUUAAUAAAUUAAAAAAAGACAAAAGGGGGCAGGUGAAUUUCCUGGAUGGGUGUGUAUUUUGGCUGCAUUGACACCAGCUCUUAAUAAAUG